AUGGAUCUUCGCGCCUUAGCGGACAAGUAUGGCGGGCUCUCGCCAGAGGUGACAGGAAAGGCCAUGGAGUACAUGCGCAUGCUCGACCUCAAGAUGCAAGGAGGCAAGGCCUCGGUGUCGCUGCUCGACCGCCCGGCCGCCUGCCUCGAGCUCGCAUGCGAUAAGCCUCGCCAAGCACAAGCAGAGCGUGCGGCUCAUUUCAAGCCUCUGCGCAUCCACGCCAACCACAAUGCGACGGUGACGACAGCCGCGCUCUGCGUCAAGUUUGGCUGCCCGGCGCUGACCGAGUUUGUCGCGGCCGUCCACGACGACUACAAGCACCGCAUGGCCUCGAAGCUGUCGAAAGCAAGCCAGCAGCAAGUGGACUUUUCCCGACCGCUUUUUCCGAUUGCUGUGUUCUAUGUAUGCGCGCAGAAAGCCAACCACCGCGUGGACAAGGCGCAGCUCAUCCAAAUGACCUUCAGCCAUCCGAACGAGUUUGCGAGCGUCGCGUCGUCGAUCGAGCGCGUCUGCGACCUCUCGCUCUCUCGCUACACGCGUUCGGAGGCGAGCUUGAAAAUUGGGCGCAAGCGCAAGCGUAAGGACUUGGCGGAUACUGGCGACGACGAUGGCGACGCUCAGGCGAACAAGCCAAAGGAGAAUGCAGGGCCGCAAGCCAGCGCCGGUGCCAGCGCGACCCGGUCACUCGAUCAAAUCAAAAAGCUCAUCCAGCUCCGAACCUCCGCCAAGGCCGCCACGUCAGUCGAAGCCCCGACGCCUGCCCAGAAAGUUCCAUCGCCGGCACCGACGUCGCCUGCACCAAGUGCCGAGGAGUACUCGGACUGGAAGAAGAAGAUUCUCGCGCGCAUGCUGGAGCAAAAAGUCGACCGAAGAGUAAGAAGGAGCUAA